AUGAAUAAACAAAAAAUAGAGAUGGAAAUUAAUAAAAUAUUGAAUGUUGAGAUAGACACAACAAACAUUUCUGAAAAUUUUCAAAUAGAAAAUUAUGAGUGUGUAAACAUAGAAGAAAUGAUUAUUCAAGAGAGAUUUAAAACUUUAAAUACUGAAAAUUUAAAAGAAAAAUUAAUUAUACUUUUAAAAGAACUUAAAAAGUAUAAAAGUAAAUUAUUUAAGUUUAAAUCAUUACUUUGUUUGCUAAGUAUAAAUGAGUUAGAAAAGUUGUUUAGAAAGGUUACUUUACAAAAAUUGGCUGACAUGCAUUCCCAGUCAAUAAAAAAUUGGGAAGUUGUUUAA